AUGGUAGAAAAUAUUGAGAUCAACACCUUAAGAAAGAUAGAAGCAUCAGAAGUUGCUAAACAUGUUACUCGAGAUGAUAUUUAUAUGGUUAUUGAUAAAAUGGUGUAUAAUGUUAGUCCUUUUAUAAACGAACAUCCUGGUGGAGAAGAAGUAUUACUUGAUGUUGCAGGUAAAGAUGCUACAGACGCUUUUGAAGAUGUUGGACAUUCAGAUGAAGCCAGAGAUAUAUUGAAAAAACUUGUUGUUGGAAAAUUAGAAGGAAAAAUGGAAGAAUCAGAGUUGAGAGUAAAACCAGAUUUAUCAGUUUCCAGAAAUAAUUUUAAUUUGAAGUUAUGUAUAAUAACAGUUUCUGUAUCAGUUUUCUCUUUUUUGAUGUAUAUGUUUCUUUUUUAA